AUGGUCUUAAAAUGGUUGAGCCAAUGGAAGAAGGGGAACCAUAUUCCUACCAUCAGGAUGAAGAAAGUAUUAAAGAAAUUCCUAUUACCCACCACGUAAAAGAAGGAUGUGAGAAAGCAGAUCCUGCUCAAUUUGAGUUACUCAAGGUUCUUGGUCAGGGAUCGUUUGGAAAGGUUUUUCUCGUAAGAAAGAUCAUUGGUCCGGAUGCUGGGCAGCUUUAUGCAAUGAAAGUAUUGAAAAAAGCAUCUUUAAAAGUUCGAGAUAGAGUUCGUACAAAGAUGGAGAGGGAUAUAUUAGUAGAAGUAAAUCAUCCAUUUAUUGUCAAAUUGCACUACGCCUUUCAGACUGAAGGGAAGCUGUAUUUAAUAUUGGAUUUUCUCAGGGGAGGAGAUGUUUUUACAAGAUUAUCCAAAGAGGUUAUGUUUACAGAGGAAGAUGUGAAAUUCUACCUCGCAGAACUUGCCCUUGCUUUGGAUCAUCUGCACAGCCUGGGGAUUGUGUACCGGGACCUGAAGCCAGAAAACAUUUUGCUUGAUGAAGCAGGACAUAUCAAGUUAACAGAUUUUGGACUCAGCAAAGAAUCUGUAGACCAAGAAAAGAAGGCCUACUCAUUUUGUGGUACAGUAGAAUACAUGGCUCCUGAAGUAGUGAACAGGCGAGGCCAUACCCAGAGUGCUGAUUGGUGGUCGUUUGGCGUGUUAAUGUUUGAAAUGCUCACUGGUACUCUGCCUUUUCAAGGUAAAGACAGAAAUGAGACCAUGAAUAUGAUAUUGAAAGCAAAACUUGGAAUGCCUCAGUUUCUUAGCCCUGAAGCACAAAGUCUUCUAAGGAUGUUAUUCAAAAGAAAUCCUUCAAAUAGAUUAGGAGCUGGUUCCGAUGGAGUUGAAGAAAUCAAAAGACAUCUUUUCUUUUCGACUGUUGACUGGAAUAAAUUAUAUAGAAGAGAAAUUCAACCCCCAUUCAAACCUGCUUCUGGAAAGCCAGAAGAUACUUUUUGUUUUGAUCCUGAAUUUACUGCAAAAACACCCAAAGAUUCUCCUGGAGUUCCACCCAGUGCUAAUGCGCAUCAGCUUUUCAAAGGAUUUAGCUUUGUUGCAACUACUGCCAUAGAAGAUCAGAAAAUUUCUCCCCUCACAAAUAUAUUGCCAAUAGUACAGCAAUUACAUGGAAACAGUGCACAAUUUAAUGAUGUGUAUGAACCAAAGGAGGAUAUUGGUGUCGGCUCCUAUUCUGUUUGCAAGCGAUGUAUACACACAGCUACCAACAUGGAAUUUGCAGUGAAGAUCAUUGACAAAAGUAAGAGAGACCCUUCAGAAGAAAUUGAGAUUUUGAUGCGUUAUGGACAGCACCCCAACAUUAUCACUUUAAAGGAUGUGUAUGAUGAUGGUAGAUAUGUUUACCUUGUUACUGAAUUGAUGAAGGGAGGAGAACUACUUGAUCGUAUUCUCAGACAAAAAUAUUUUUCAGAACGGGAAGCUAGUGAUGUACUAUAUAUAAUAACUAAAACAGUUGACUACCUUCACUGUCAAGGAGUGGUUCAUCGAGACCUUAAGCCUAGUAAUAUUUUAUAUAUGGACGACUCAACUAAUGCUGAUUCUAUUAGAAUCUGUGAUUUUGGGUUUGCUAAACAACUUCGAGGAGAAAAUGGACUUCUCUUAACUCCAUGCUAUACUGCCAACUUUGUAGCACCUGAGGUUCUCAUGAGGCAAGGUUAUGAUGCUGCCUGUGAUAUUUGGAGUUUGGGUGUCCUGUUUUACACAAUGCUGGCUGGCUAUACUCCUUUUGCUAAUGGUCCCAAUGAUACUCCUGAAGAAAUCCUGUUACGGAUAGGUAGUGGAAAAUUCUCUCUAAGUGGUGGCAACUGGGACACUGUUUCAGAUGCAGCAAAGGAUUUGCUAUCCCAUAUGCUUCACGUAGACCCACAUCAACGGUAUACUGCUGAACAAGUAUUAAAACACUCAUGGAUAGCCUGUAGGGACCAGCUACCCCAUUAUCAGCUCAACAGGCAAGAUGCACCACAUCUAGUAAAGGGAGCAAUGGCUGCUACAUACUCUGCACUGAAUCACAAGACCUUUCAGCCAGUCCUGGAGCCUGUUGCUGCUUCGAGUUUAGCUCAACGGAGGAGCAUGAAAAAGCUAACAUCCACAGACUUGUAAGAUUGCCAAACCGGAAGAAGGGAAAAUCUGAAGAACGGCUCUCUUCUCUCUAUCUAAUCGGUGAUCAAAGGCAUAUAUAUAGUUUUCUGCUACACUACUUGAAAAUUCUGUAUAAGUCCUUUUUUUAGAAAAAAAUUUGUAAAAACCACCACAGGUCCACAAAAUUCAUACAAUGUUGUUUCGCAGCAGUGUCUGUGCGUUUAAGUUAAACACUAGGGUAUGUUGAAACCCUAAAGAUUUAUUCCUGCAAACUGACUUCUUAGAAGUUUGUUCCAGCUGUGGAUGUGUUACUAACGGUUUCUCUGGUUUCGUAAAGAAUGGUUUGGGGGCGAUCAUUUCCAGUGACCAGGUUGCACAUAAAGAAGUGUGAUGCCAAGCAGUAUCAGUAUUUUUUUUUUAACAUUGAGCCCUGCUAGAAAACCUUUUUGGUUUGUGUCAUUUUAAACAAGUAUAGAAACUUGUCAUUUUCCAUAAUCAGUGGGCUCCGUUUAACUCGCUGUAGCUGCCAAAGUAUGGAUUUGGCAAUUUGGUGCCAGCACAAACUACAUUUGUGCUAGUGUGAGAACUCCCAGCAUACCUGGUGCAAAGGCCUUGACACAAGAAUCGACUAAAACAAGGCAUGCAGUUUAGAUCUGCAUGUUAUCCAGCGAAGUCAAGUCAGUGAGCGACUUCAUCUAGAUAUAAGGGUAUCCAUCAGGCUUUGUAAAAUUGAAAUCUAAUUGGGGGCUUUCUAGGAAAACCAGAGAUGCCCCCCCCCCCAGAGUCUAUCAUCAAUGGUGUAAUAUAUUAAAUAGGAUUCAGCCUUUGAGAAUAUGAAUCUAAUGUUGGUACUGACUUGGUUAUCUGUCACUCUUUCAGCUUAACCAGUCAGAGUCAGUCAUUACCUGCCCCCUUUACACAUGAAUUACACUGCUGUUUUUCUGACUGCCUUGUGCAGUAUGCCAUGGUAAUCUCCCCUGAAAUGUAUGGUAAUCUAACUGACAUUUUAGUGUAGUACUUGUGCACUUAGCACAUGUGAUAUAGUGUGCAUUUCAGUAAACUUUAGAAAAUAUUACGUAAUAGUUUAAAUUCAUUAGGGUGAAUAGCAUUUUAAAUAAAAAAUAACAUUAAUGGUCGACACCUAAAUUUGAGCACAUUUUAAAAUCAGACUUCAUCAAAAAGCCAAACUGGUCUGAGAUCAUUGAAUUUAUGAUUCAGAACCACUUCUGUAGUAGGUAUUGUUUUCUCUAAGUGAUGGACUCUCUAAAUACUGGAAAAAUAACUAAAUGAAACAUUUUCAGGUGAUGCCAUAAUUACUAUUACUACUGGCAGAAGGAACUCAUGAAUGUAAACUGGAGGAUAUUCAAAUUUUGCUUUGUGAAUAUCUGUGAACUACUUGUGUGUGCUAGGAGUACUGUUUGCUGUGUGUGUUAAUUUUAUUCAGUUGAGAGCAGGAAAUUUAUUUCUGCGUGCAGAAAUAUACCAUUUAGGUUGGGAGGUAUGGAGGUUUGAUAUUUAAUAAAAGAAAACAUAUUCUUUUCAUUAUAUAAAUGAUAUAUACCCAGUGCACCAAGAUCUGUUUCUUGGGUGUGAUGUGUGAAAGUUUGUAUCUCUUAUUUUGAACUGUCUAUUUGAAAUACUUGAAAGACAUUAAAGAGCAUCUAAUGCCACGUGGAAUACAUCAUUUAGAAAUAGUUAUACUGGUGUCUUAUCUGGUGGCUUUUCCUGUCCCAGUUUGGCUUUUUCUUCUCUCGUUUUUUUUGUUACUGGAAGUGCUGACACGUGACAACAGUCUGUUCGUAUCUUCCAGCUUAUUACCCACGUUGUCAUCAUUUUAUUUGUCCUGUUAGGUCCUCGUCCUUUUCAAAGUUGAUAACAAAAAUUCAAAAGAAUAGUUUUGGUGUUGGAUUUUCAGAACUUUUAAAGAUCUGUUUUCAAAUAUAUUUCUGUAGUAAUAAAAUUUGGGGAAGUAAAAUUGGGAAAGGAGAUGGAAAUGAUCCUAAAACUUGCCAUUUUUCCAUAGGCAUUCUUUUUGUUUAAAAAGAAAAAGGAAAAAAAUGUGAUUUUCUAAAAUUUUAUUUCAUAUCCAGAAGGACCAUGUCAUACAAUCCCACUACUUUAAGGUACACAAUCAGUUUUAGACAAAGAGGGAUUCUCUGUCUGCUAUGGUUUGUCCAGUUGAUGCUUUGUAAAGGGCAUGAAGAUAACCUGAUAGAUGUGUAUUUUCUGCUGGUUAGAUUACCAGAAGUUUCCUUGUAAAUUCAGACAUGCUAGCCUAGUAGUAUGAACUCUGAAAUAAGAUUUCACUUAAAAGGGCAGCUAGGUGGUGCAGUGGAUAGAGCACCGGCCCUGGAGUCAGGAGGUCCUGAGUUCAAAUGCUGCC